ACAGAGAGCAGCCACUGGCGAUUUCCUGGAACAGGGCCCUGUAUAGAGAGAGGCCUCCUGGGAUGGAUGUCACCCGCCUACUCCUGGCCACCCUGCUGGUCUUCCUCUGCUUCUUCACUGCCUACAGCCACCUGCCACCUGAGGAGAAGCUCCGAGAUGACAGGAGCCUGAGAAGCAACUCCUCUGUGAACCUACUGGACUUCCCUUCUGUCUCUAUUGUGGCACUGAACAAGAAAUCCAAACAGAUCAGCAGAAAAGAAGCAGAAAAGAAGAGAUCUUCUAAGAAGGAGGCUUCGAUGAAGAAAGUGGCGCGGCCCCGGACCCCGCUCUCUGCGCCCUGCGUGGCCACCCGCGACAGCUGCAAGCCGCCCGCACCCGCCUGUUGCGACCCGUGCGCCUCCUGCCAGUGCCGCUUCUUCCGCAGUGCCUGCUCCUGCCGCGUGCUCAGCCUCAACUGCUGAGCGCGCCCUCUCCCGGCCGCGGGCGGGCAGGGCUUUGGGGACGCGGGGCGCUUUUCGGGCGGGUGAUCUCUAACAGGGCGGCUUCCCAGGACUGGGGGCGGGCGGAGGUUGCAGGAGGUGGGAGUUCAGGGAGACCUGGCUUGGGCUAAACUCGAAAUACAAUAUAUAUAGGCUGCU